GGACAUGUUUAACUACUUUACCUGAAACAACUACUUCACUUACAACUAACUCAAUAUCAAAGAAUAUUCACAUUACAAGCUCAACAUUGAAUCAUCCCUACAAACCAUCACUUACGAGUACAUUCGUUACGCGUACUAAACCACCUAAACCGCCUCAUUCUAAAACUCCAAAAAAUGACAACCCACCUCCACCUAGAGUUUCUAAAACUAAAGAUAAGCCUUAUAUCCCUGCAAUAACUGGCUCGCUUCCCUUAGCAACACCAACAGCAACAGUUUCAUUGGAAAACUUACCCUCAGCAAUCUUUGUUCAAGGUUCACUCGAUUCCACCGAUGCCUCAUCACCGAAUUUCGUUGGUAUGAAAGUAAAAUUAACACCCGCACUGCCUUGGAGCAGAAUUUGCAACGAUUCCGACAUUCCUGCAUUAUUUGCCAAUGUGCUUCCGAAAGAGAUAACGAAUGCCAUUUCCAAACAAAACAAUGUUAAAAUAUCAUCAGAUAAAAUAAUUGUAACGCAAUUAUUCCGUUCACAGAAUGAUGAUAUUGGGUUUGUGUACAUGAAAGUUCCAAAAACACAAUCUAAUGAUAUUGAAAAUGUUUUGGGAAAUACAACCAGCCCAUUUUAUAAGAAUAAUAAAUCACUAUUUAGAAAUUUAAUAGAUCCUAGCUCUAUUGCUCUAGAAGAUAAUUCGGUGGCAGACUCCCAAGAUGAGAAUUUAAAUAAUUCAUCCAACGGUUCAUCUAAUGGCAUUGGUGCAAUUAUUGUAAUAGCAGUUUGUGGAUCUACAUUAUUAUAUGCUGGAUUAACUGCGCUUGUGGUUCGAGCUUAUAGGAGGA